UGCACCUUGUACUUAAAAGCAGAAACUGGCAUUGUCGGGCUUCCUGUCUUCUUUAACACCACAGCCUAUGGAACCUGCUUGCUACGUUCCACUAGAAUGCCUUACCACGGCGGACUCUGCUAAUUCUCUCCCUGCCUUGGAGGAUUAUCACUUUACUCUACGUGCCAAAGACGUAUACAGAAUGGAAUUCUACUGGGGCCUUUCCCGAGGUGACCUUGAACGGGAAUCUCACUUAAAUCACGUUCGGCUACGCUCGGAUAUGAAGGAACUACUGGAAAAUGAUCAAUGGACACUCGUUCCGACGGACGAGACCCUUCGGCGUAUAUAUGACCUCCAGGAUUACAACCAAAAAUGCUGUCCUGACCUUCGCAGGAUGUUCACGAACGUUAUCCCAGUGCAAGAAUACACGUACAAUCUAUUCCCUACAAGCGUGACGCGCCGCGUGUACAUUAUUUUCCCCAGUUCUUCGACCCUCCUGUCCAAGCAUCAUCCCUCCACCUUGCCGCUCCUUAAGAUCUCCUCGCUCGUUCACCCAUGCUUUGUCCUGGGAGCGACCUACCGCCUUUUCAGCCGAUUUUCGCAGUUGAGGAAUCGGCUGGUGAGCGCGGUGUCGUCGUUCUAUCUCCUUCAGCUCCCUUCGAGUGUGCGCGGGUUGGCGGAGUGGAGACGUGAGGGGAUGAUUUCGUCAAGGAGAUGGCGCACUCCGGAGAUAUGGCGACGGCGAAAGGCAUUGCUCAAACAGAAAGACUGGUACUAGUUUUUUAAUUCUGUAAAUGUUAUCCCUCCUUCGGCGAAUGAGUAUGAAUAGUUGGCGAUACUUAUCCUAGGGCUUCGGCUUUGACUGGCCGGAAUGGUUUAGAAGAUCAUUGAUCAGGCUUUUAAGAGUCAUCUAUGCACCAUGACAGCAGUGAUAGGACUCGGAUCUGAUGGAAAGCCAAGGGGUGUCAAGAAUACGAGGACAU